AUGAGUUCAGCAGCGCUGAAGGUGCUGUGUUCCCUGCGCACACUGGCUGCAAGCCGCGUGCUGGACCUGGAGAAACUCAGGAGGGUGGCAGCAAUAGCAUCCGAAGCUUUCGUUCAAGGCUUGAUCCACGACGCACCGCUUACGGCAGAGGCGUCCUCGCGGCUGCUGGCUACGGCUGUGGCGGUUGCUCCAACCUUCGAUACUCACAGGAUGGACAACUUUCAUACGUUCUUGGAUUCGCUGAAGCAGCAUGCCAAGCCCUUGGCAGAAAAGGCCGAGAUGCGAAAGAAACUGGCAGCAACCGUUGCAUCGGCUCUCAUUCAGGCCGUGGCCGCCCUGGCCGCACCUCCUGCAGCCACUUCUUCGGCCGCGGCGGGCGCCCGCCUGGCGGCAUUGGCUCUGGUGCAGGUCGCCGUGAAGAACUCCUCUGACGCAGCCUUGAGGGUCUUCGUUGAAGACAUCGUGGCCGAGAUUGCGUCCUCCUCGCUAAAGGUCACCGCCACCUCUGCUCCGAUUCUCCGCAGCGCGGUUGAGGGUGUGGCAUCGGCGGUCCUCAGGUCCCGUGGGGCUGGUGAUGCCAAGGUCCUUUGUGUCAAGAUCUUCGGGAAGAUGUUGAAGACGAUGUCACAGACCGAAGAGGAUCUCAAGCCACAGUACUGCAACGCCUGUCGUGACGUCGCGGUAAAAGCCGGAGCUGCGCACGAGAUUGAAAAUGCAGAGUUCCUUUUCCCGGCACCAGCUUGCCGUGCUUCCGAAGCCCGCCAGUGGGCCCGCACGUUUCCUGGCCUUGGCGGCUUGGGAAGAUUGGUCGUCUGCCGAGGCGGACCCGGUGAAUGUCGCCUGCCGCAUGCUCCUCUGCGAGGGUAG